AUGGCGGACUCGAGCACGAUCAAGACGUCGGACCUGCGACUCCUGAUCGUCGCGCCCUUGUCCACAGUGAGAUCAACUGAUGAUGAAUCGGGAGUGACCCAUCCAACUGCUCCGUAUGAUACAACGGCGCUCUUUUCAAUCUUUCUGGAAGAACUGACAGGUGUUGCACCUUCUCAAGACCUAACCUCCUUUGCAGGAUAUACCACUCACGAACCGCUUACGAUUCGCAACAAGUAUUAUUCAUCACGACUGACUUUAUGGUGCGACGAAUUGCCUCAAGUAGGGUCUGCUAGAGAUAUUGGUCCAGAUCUAGCCGAAUGGAGCAACAAUAUGCUAUCAGAUGAAGCACGGGAAGUGCGGGAUGUCAUAGGUGGUGUCAUCGUGAUAUUACCCUAUAGUCAAGGCUCAUUCUCCGCACAUAAGACGGAGGAGGGAGAGCUCAGGAUGUACGAACGGUAUCUGACCUGCGUCAAUUCGCUGCGUGACACAAUUGAAGACGAGUCAGGCCGCAACCUUGCCACAGUCAUUGUAGUCCAAGACAUGACCACCACGUCAGAAAAAGGGCGACAAGUUCACCAGUACCAAUCUGAUCCGGAGCCGUUCGCUCAAAGCUUGGAGGACACGUGCUUGAUAGAAAACGAUAUCUUCGGAUGGGAAGUAAUCCCAUGGCGACCACUAACGAAGCCACCUAACACAGCUCCUUCCAGCACAGACCCAGUCACCGAACCUACAGCAUCUCUCAAUGACUUUGGCGAGAAGACAGGUAUGUCUCGAGUACAUGAGGUCUUGGAGCAAACAAACUGGGCUGUAUCGGCGCAUCCUGAGUUUGACUACGAACACGCUUCGACCAACAACUUUGAUGAUUUCUCUCAGCCCAGCUAUAAGCCACGGAUUGAUCCAUCUUGUAAAGAUGGUAUUUCAACACAAUCCGACGAGUUCCAGCGCGAAAUUAUGGGCCUGCACUUCGCCUUGGAAAAGCAAAGCAACUUGAAGAUUGGCGAAGAAGCAGAAAGUGACGAAGAAUUCCAGGUCGAUCAGAUGGUCACACUUAUGAAUCGAGCUGCUGAGAUCAGGGACGCUGGCAAUCAUCUAUCGAAACAAGAACGUGAGAGAUAUGCGAAGACGGAAGUGCAGAAACUCAUGCAGGAGCUGAGGCUGUGGUGA